GAAGCUUUGGAGGGUCCGAAAUCUGAGGCAUUCGGAAGCUUAAAUUCCCGUCGUCACUUCAACGCGUGAGCUGGUUCUGCUGACUACCUGGGUUUCUCCUCUGAGACGAGAAAACUAAGGCCAUUAAGAAGAAGCAAGAGAAAGAGGAAUGGCGAGCAGUAGUGCGGCAGUUAACCUGGAGGAUGUUCCCUCUAUGGAUCUCAUGACUGAGCUUCUCCGUCGCUUCAAAUGCUCCUCCAAACCUGACAAGCGUCUCAUCCUCGUUGGUCCUCCUGGUUCAGGAAAAGGCACUCAGUCACCAAUAAUUAAAGAUGAGUACUGCUUGUGCCACUUAGCUACAGGUGACAUGUUAAGAGCCGCUGUAGCUGCUAAAACCCCUCUGGGCAUCAAGGCUAAAGAAGCUAUGGAUGCAGGACAACUUGUUUCUGAUGACUUAGUUGUUGGCAUUAUAGAUGAAGCAAUAAAGAAACCAUCAUGCCAGAAAGGUUUCAUUCUUGACGGAUUUCCAAGAACUGUGGUCCAAGCAGAGAAGCUUGAUGAGAUGCUGGAGAAGAAGGGGGUUAAAAUUGAUAAGGUGCUGAAUUUUGCAAUUGACGAUGCUAUCCUUGAGGAGCGUAUUACUGGUCGCUGGAUACACCCAUCCAGUGGCAGAACCUACCAUACAAAAUUUGCUCCUCCCAAGGUUCCUGGGGUUGAUGAUGUUACUGGUGAGCCUCUUAUUCAGCGCAAGGAUGAUACAGCAACUGUUCUCAAGUCGAGACUGGAGGCAUUUCACAAGCAAACUGAACCGGUUAUUGAUUAUUAUUCAAAGAAGAGAGUUGUUGCUAACCUCGCAGCUGAGAAACCUCCCAAAGAAGUGACGGCUGAAGUGGAGAAGGUGCUAUCUUCAUGAGACUCAGAUAGCUUCACCUCCUGAUGCAUCUGUUUUUGCCAUUCAUAAAUAAGUUUGCCAAUUUGAUUUUAAUAUCAUACUCUGAACUUUAACUCAUUUGUUUCACAAGAAACGCCGGCCUUAGUCAAACUCACUGAUUGUGAUGAGUUACUUUAACGAAAUAAAAUUCAGUUGAGUCUUA